AUGUAUAAUAAUUAUGGAUACAUAGAUGGGUCAACAUCUGGAAGAGGAAGAAAAAAAGGAAUGAGUGGAUUCAUUGACCUUCAAGAUCCUGAUAAACCAUAUGCAUGUGACCUAUGUGGAGCUCGUUACAAGACUCGUCCUGGUCUUACUUAUCAUUACACUCAUUCACACAAGGAAAAACCUGCUGCCAAUAUACCUGUAGCAGAUGAAGAGGCCAGUCAAGAGAGUGGUUUAGUAUCAACCCCUGUGUCUCCACAAACACAGCAGUCUCAACAAUUUGAACAACAACAAACUACAACAGGUUGGAGCAAAUUCCAGGACAGUUAUGUCACCUUCCUUAAUGCCCCUGGUCCAUCGGGUAGCAACAACUCUUCUGUCGCUUCUCCUGCCCCUCACUCGAAACGGGUUUCAGCUAGGAUGUCGAAUCAUCAAAAUAGUUCACCACUUUUGUCAUUGAAUCCAAAUGAAGCAGCUACAAGCGCUGCAAGUUCAGUUUACUCAUCAAAUGCAACUCCAACUAAAGCAUCUCAUCAUAAACCUGUGCCAAGAGAAGGAUAUUCUAAAACGAAAUCUGGAGCCAAUAACAAAUCAGCUGCUAAUCCGUCACCUUAUUGUGAUUUUUGUUUGGGCGAUGAAGUAUCUAAUAAAUCCGGACAACCAGAAAUAUUGAUUUCUUGUUCAGACUGUGGACGUUCAGGUCAUCCAACAUGUCUCCAAUUUACUGCAAAUAUGAUAAUUUCGGUCGGAAAAUAUCGCUGGCAAUGCAUUGAGUGCAAAUGCUGCUCUAUAUGUGGAACAUCAGAUAAUGAUGAUCAACUUCUGUUUUGUGAUGAUUGUGACCGCGGUUAUCAUGUAUAUUGCUUAACACCCCCACUUACAUCUCCACCAGAAGGCUGCUGGAGUUGUAAACUCUGCAUCAAAGAAUUCCAUUCAAAAUAAUUCAUAUACCUUAAUAACUUUUUAUACUUUAUCAACAUUUUGUCGUAUGAAUGUCAUUGAAAAGUUACAAAGUUAUAUUCCAAAAAAAGGUGUGUUUAUUAUAAUUCCUUGAAUUUUCAACCAUUGAUAACUAGACAUAGUUUCAUUCAGUAUUACAUAAUUUAAGG